UGGGCAGUCUCUCCCCUUCUACAACAUAAAUAGCUUCCCGUUGCCAAGAGAUCUGAACCAACGGUAUCGUUCCUGGAUAACUUACUGCUACUACAACUCUUCAACGAAGGAAGUUACGCAAUAAUUGGCUGACGAAUUCGGACUUAGAUCUACUGUGUAACUUAGAAGUGACUCGGAGCGUGGUGAAAGAGUUGAAAUGAUGAAUAUGUAGACGUAAGUAAUGCCAGUGGUGAUACCGGCGACGCUGGCGCCGCGGGCGCCGGCUGGCGUGCGGGCGCGCGAGGCCCUAGUCCCGGCCGGCGUCGGCGGCGCCCGGGCGCGGGAGGCGCUCACUGCUGCGGGCGUCAGCGCGCGGGCGCGCCAGGCGCUCGCCGCCGUCGGCGCGGAGCGGGCGAGGGCGCGCGAAGCGGGCAUGCGACGCCGCUUUCAGUUUGCGCUCAAUGCACAGCUCUCGCAGUCACUCUUCUCUGCCAAUCAGAUACACCUAAGGUACAAAUGGUUGGACGGGCGAUUAGUGGGCGCGUGGCCGACCCCGCGCUGGGAGUGGAUCCCCUCGGGCCGGGACGCGGCCCGGGACCGAUUCGGUCCGGAGCACCGCGACCCCUUGCAGUUGCCCGCCUUCGAGCUGCCGCCGCGGUUCCACCCACCCACGCCGCCUAACAUGCAUUUCACGCAUAUGGAUCUACACCACGCGGUAGCGGGUGGUCCACGAGCAGGCGGUGGAGCCGUAGGCGCCCCUGGUGCUAGUUCGAGCUCCAGUGGCACCAGCGGCGCGGUCGGCGCGGGGGCGGCCGUACUGGCGCUCGCGGCGCUUGUGCUGCUGGCGCGGGCGCUUGAGCGCUGCCUCGACCAGAGGUUCUUUAAAUUACUGCGGAGGCGAUCAGAUGAAUGGUUUACACCGAACGUACUCGCUACAAGCCAUCACAUGAGAGAGGAGGGGACAAUGGACGGCGCAGUUCCGGAGAGCCCGGAUUUGCCUUUGGGCGACCCCCCACCGCCGUACUCCAUGUGCCUGCCCAAGAGUCCGCAAGCCUCUAGCAUCGCAGAGCCACCGCCGCCUUACUCAGCCUGCUACGUCGCCUUUGGGGGGCCUCAGGACCCGAUACCCAGAGUGUAUUUGAAUGGCCCCUCGUUGAACUCGUUCCAAGACACAGGCCAACCAGUAAUAGAUGGGGACAGGCAUCAUGCUGCCGGGCCUGAAGCGGCAGAGGUGACACCGGAGGACAUGAGAGCCGGUGACAGAGAGUCCGAUACACGUCUUGCAGAAUGGAGGUCGAGUAGAGAUACCAUAGCUUCGGAAACAGCCGCUGUGUUUCCCAAUAGUGUAGCCUAGUGCAGCGAUCGACUUUGCGAGGUUAAACAUUAUCAUUUGCUUACGUUAGGUACUUGUAUAGAAGUAUUUUUGUAUAUUACUGAUAUUUAUAUCGUUCUCUAAGUAGGUGACUUAAGUAAUACAUCCUAAUUUUAGCAAGUAGAUUUAGAGUGGAAAUUUUGUUGUAAUUUAUAAACACGCCCUAAGUCAUUCAACACACGUACUUACAUUUCUUUUAAGGUUGAUUCUGAUAUAGUAUAUUAUGUAUGUACCGACUGUAUAAAGAAAUUAUUGUUUGUUAGCAAUAUUAGCAGGUAUGUUUAAGGAUUUAUUUAGGCACAUUUUAGUCUUCGAAAUUAUUAUAUUAUACUUAUGUCGUAACGUAAGUAUCUACGACUUACGCACCUACCAAAAAAAUAUUGCACUGUAAUUCGAAUACUGUAGCGACCAGCAUACUUACAUACAACGAUACAACGAAUUCCUUAAAAAUAAAUCCUACUUUAGACUAACAA